AUGUCGGGCGGCGUCAACGCAGGCGACAGCAAGCUCGUCUUUGAGAGCUCCGAGACCGUCAAAGUUGCGCCCACCUUCGAUGCCAUGGGUCUGAAAGAAGACCUUCUUCGCGGCAUCUACGCAUACAACUUCGAAAAGCCUUCUGCCAUCCAGCAACGAGCGAUCCUACCCAUCAUCCGUGGUCGCGAUGUCAUCGCCCAGGCGCAGUCCGGAACGGGUAAGACGGCCACCUUCAGCAUCUCGAUGCUCCAGUCCAUCGACACGACGUUGCGCGAAACCCAAGCGCUGGUGCUCAGUCCAACUCGCGAGCUGGCGAUUCAGAUCCAGUCCGUGGUGCUCGCACUGGGCGAUUACCUCAAUGUCCAAUGCCACGCCUGCAUUGGCGGCACCAGUGUCGGAGAGGACAUUCGCAAGCUCGACUACGGCCAACACAUCGUCUCCGGCACUCCCGGUCGCGUAUACGACAUGAUUCGCCGUCGUCACCUUCGCACCAAGAACAUCAAGAUGCUCAUCCUCGACGAGUCCGAUGAGCUCCUCAACAUGGGCUUCAAAGAUCAGAUCUACGAUGUCUACCGCUACCUUCCACCCUCGACCCAAGUCGUGCUGCUCUCCGCCACCCUACCACAAGACGUGCUCGAGAUGACCUCCAAAUUCAUGACCGACCCCGUGCGCAUCCUUGUCAAGCGUGACGAGCUCACACUCGAAGGCAUCAAGCAAUUUUUCGUAGCGGUCGAAAAGGAAGAAUGGAAGUUCGACACCCUCUGCGACCUCUACGAUACACUUACCAUCACGCAGGCGGUGAUCUUCUGCAACACGCGUCGGAAGGUCGAUUGGCUCUCCGGCAAGAUGAAGGAGAACAACUUCCAGGUGAGCAGCAUGCACGGUGAGAUGCAGCAGAAGGAGCGAGAUGAAGUCAUGGCCGAGUUCCGACAGGGCAGUUCGCGGGUGUUGAUCACCACCGAUGUUUGGGCGAGAGGCAUCGACAUUGCGAAUAUCUCGCUCGUCAUCAACUAUGAUCUGCCGACAAAUAGGGAGAACUACAUCCAUAGGAUCGGCAGGAGUGGAAGAUUCGGCAGGAAGGGCGUCGCCAUCAACUUUGUCACCGUGGAGGAUGUGAGGACGUUGAGAGACAUCGAACAGUUCUACUCGACACAGAUCGACGAGAUGCCCGUCAAGUUGGAGGACAUGUUGUAG